AUGGCCUCCGUUACCUUUGUCCCCAGCCAGGAAGAAGAAGACGCCUACGAAGAAGAGAAUGUGCAUCAAGUAUACCAACAGAUUGCACAUCACUUUUCAUCCACCCGCUAUAAGCCUUGGCCUAUUGUGAAACAAUUCCUCACUGACUUGAAGCCCGGGUCAAUUGGUCUAGACGUGGGGUGCGGCAAUGGAAAGAACCUGAGUGUAAAUAAGGAUGUGUUUAUUGUAGCUUCAGAUCGGUCUGAGAACCUUGCCCGCAUUGCCCGAUCUCACCAGCCACAUUCGACCGUAGUUGCCGACAUCCUCAGCCUUCCACAUCCCGAUUCUUCCUUUGAUUUCGCCAUUUCGAUCGCAGUGAUUCAUCACUUGUCUACCCCAGAACGAAGGGUGGGUGCUAUCCGUGAGAUAUUGCGGACCCUAAAGCCUGCCUCCGACACUGUGCCGGGCGGGAAAGCACUCAUCUAUGUCUGGGCUCUAGAGCAGAAAGAUAGUCGUCGUGGUUGGGACAAAGGCGAUCAACAGGACAGAAUGGUUCCCUGGGUCAUGAAAGGGACUGCGUCUGCUGGCAGCGAGCCCCAAGUGUUCCACCGAUACUAUCACCUCUACCAAGCCUCGGAACUAGAGCAGGACAUCAAUGACGCAGGUGGCUAUGUUCUGGAUUCGGGGUAUGAAAAGGAUAAUUGGUGGGCAAUUGCAGUGCGGUCAGGUCCCGAGUCAUCAUAG